GAUGCGAUGAGGUGAGAUGUCGUACGCGCGCGCAUGGUAAUUUAGCUGCCUCGGAAUCUUUAUGUUUCGGUAUUUCAUGAUGCCUGGUCGAUGAAUUUCUGAAUGAUAAGCUGUGGGGAGGGCUUGGAAAAGGAGAGUUAGACUGCUUACGUGUGAACAAGUGCGAGGUUUGUGGAUACUCAUCUGAAUGCUUUGGGAAUCAUUAUAUAUGGUUCAGAGAGAAGCCUGUACUUGUGUUCAAAGAGCAUUGGCAAUCUGCUACUACUUUCAUCACUGUAUUCCGCAUCGUUUCAUUGUAUUGGAGAUACACAUUCUGAACUCUUUAUCGAAAAGUCAUACAGUUAUAGGAAAGAUGGGAAUAAGAAACAUGGGAAGCGAAAAGAAAUUACAAGUCUUUGAGAUUUGGGUUGCAUAUGGAGAGACGGGAAUCAUUCAAGAAGGCGUUCUCAUCGUUCCAUAUCCCUCCUCAUCCUCACCCAUACCCAUGUCUACAUGCACGUUAGAAUCCCCGCUAUCCUCCUCAAACCAAUUCCCGAUCCCAUAUAUUUUUCACACAACGCACAACUCUUCGUCCCCGGUCCCGUCUGCAUCUGGAUCUUCCCUACCUAGCUCCAUUGGGGGUAAAUCUAGUUGGCAAGGUAACAUUCUUGCCUCUUCCCUACCUCUCUAUCUCCAGAUAUGCGCUUCAAUAACCUCACGCCAUUGUAGUGCUGAAGAAAGAGAAUUGUUGAAAAGGCCAGCAGAAUGGACGAAGAUGUUGUUUUUGGAUUUGGCUCGAGAGGGAAUUUGGGUGGAAAGUGUUCUCACAGAGUAUAGAGAUAGAAAUUUAGGUAGAGAGAGGGAGAGGAGGAAGGAGAGGCAGCAAGAAAGGGAAUCUAGAAGGAGAAGGAGAAGAAGAGAGACAGAGCGCCCAGGGGUAUGCGAUUCUAUGAUGUUAGGAAGGUUAAGAACAAGGUUGGGAUGUGAGGUAAGGGUGCGCGAGGGGGGAGAAAGACAAAAAGAUAGGGGUGGACGUGUGAACAGGAAUACUGCCAGCGGAUUUCGACGCAGAAGACGACGACAAGUUCUACGCCCUGGGAGAGCCAGAGAUGAUCGAGGAGAAGAUGAGAAUCCCAAUUCAAAGAUGAUUCAGAAGUUGUGGAGCGGUACUUUCUAGUCCUUGCGCGAAUUCUUGAGUGUUUUUAGAAAGGUUCAGAAUGCUCGAAUACUUCAAUGUAUAUAGUAUAUAUGAAGAAUCCCUUGCUCUGGCUCCGAGCCAGGGAUGCAUGUAGAUAGAUAUUGGGGCGAAAAGAAGAACUAUUUUGUGCUGUAUACGACAAUGCUAUAAGAACUAGAAUUACAAAGUAUUUGCUAUCGAUUUUCUACAAGAUAGCCCCAAUAACAGACUCAAAUAUCAACCCAAACACGUCUCCUACGGCAUUAGCAGUGACAGUCUCAGCAAUUACACCAGCAUACUUUAACUUCUUAUUCUCAGGCUUCUCACUUGGCUCAUCGUCUGAUCUGUACCCUCUAGGUAAGCGAGAAUGUCUUGCUGAUCGGGAUCCAUGGAAUUCCUCCUCUUCCCCACUGUAGUCCGAAUCAUCAUCAGAAGAGUCCAAAUCUCUAGAUACAUAUCGCUGCCGAGCAUAGUACUUAUGAUGUGGUUCCAUGUUAGAACUCCGAGAUUUUCCAUAGCCGUUCUGAUCCAGCACAUCACUUCUUCGUGGCUUAUGUGCAAUGUUGCCCCAAUCAACGGAUUCGAAAAAAUAUGCUGGUGGAUCAUCAUUCCGCGAUUGUGAAUGAGCAUCAGAAUUGGCAAAAUCAAUAGGACGCUUUUCAGGUCUGUCGAAAAGAAUAUGCGCGAUAUUUGCA